UAACGCUUCCGGUUUAUGGGAGGAUCCGGUAUCAUCACACACACACACACACACACACACACACACUCCGUUACAGAGAGCGACCCAAACACUGAAACAGCAGAAACAUGCAAAGCGAACCGGCGGAACCGGAACCGGGCCGGGAUGAAGAGCUGCACGAGCAGCUCCGGAGGUUACAGGAUGAGAAUGAAGCUCUCAGAAGUGAGGUUCAGGAGAUGCGUGUGGAGAUGGAGGAGAUGCAUGAUGCGUUUUAUGAGGAAGACACUUGCCGGCUACAUGAGCUGCGACGAGAGCUCGAGCGAGCCAAUAAAAACUGCAGGAUCCUGCAGUACCGUGUGCGCAAAGCCGAGCGCAAACACCUGCGAUACACAUCGGGAAGAGAGAUCGACGAGGAACUGCUCAGGAACCUGGAGCAAGACCUGAAGGUGGCGAAGGAUGUGUCGGUGAGGCUCCACAAUGAGCUGAAGAACGUGGAGGAGAAACGCACAAAGACGGAGGAAGAGAACGAGAGACUGAGAGAGAAACUCAUUGAGCUGGAGGUCAACAAAGAGACACUGCAGAACGAGCUGGAGAGAUCCAGAGAGAAGAGGAGAGGCAGUAAAGAUGCUCAGAGGAGUGAGAGGAAGAACACUCAGACCCUCAGUGAAGAGGACAGCGAGGAUCUGAAGUGCCAGCUGUCCUUCAUUAAUGAGGAAAUGAUGCUCAUGAGGAAGAAGAUGGCGAAGCUCGACAAGGAGAAGGAUGAUGCAGAGCAGGAGCUGCAGAAGUAUCGCUCCUUUUAUGGUGACUUCGACAGCCUCCAGUUUAAAGGUGAAGCCGUGGGCCCGCCCACCGCCCGUCAGUCAGAGCUGAGGCUCCGCCUCCGAUUGGUAGAGGAAGAGGCCAACAUCCUGGGGCGCAAGAUCGUCGAGCUGGAGUUGGAGAACCAAGCUCUGAGGGCGGAGCUAGACAACAUGAGAGGAGGAGAAGAAUUGUCUCCAGGAGCGACGGAGGGCGUGGCUGAUGUAAAUCAAGGGGCGGGGCUUUCUGAGCUGAGGCAGCAGCUGCAGCUAGUGGAGGACGAGGCGGAAUUUUUGCGGCGAAAUUUGGCAGACGUGGAGGAGCAGAACAGGAAAGUGAAGAGCGAGCUGAAAAAGCUGCGUUUUAAAGAGGCUUCGAGGCGUGCAGCUGAGGGUGGAGCUUUAACAUCAGAGGGCGGAGCUACGGCUAUGGAGAUGUUGAAGGAGGAGCUGAAAGCAGCACGGCUGCAGGUGAAUGAGCUGAGCGGGAAAGUGAUGCAGCUGCAGUAUGAGAAGAGAGUGAUGCUUAAUAAACAGAGUGAUGAUGGAGGAAGAGAAGAAAGAGGAGGACGAGGAGGAGAAGGAAGAAGAGAAGAAGGGGGAGGAGGAAGACAAGUAGGAGGAGGAGAAGGAAGAGCAGUAGGAAAUAAAGAAGAAGAAGGAGGAGGAGGAAAAGAAAGCAGAGGAAGAAGAGAAGAAGAGGAAGGAAGACAAGAAAAAGGAGGAGGAGGAAAUUUAGAAGAAGGAACUAGAGCAAAAGAAGCACUAAAAGAAAGAGAAGAAGGAGGAAGAAUAGGAGAACAGGAAGGAGGAGGAAGAGGAGAAACAGCAGAUCAAGGCAGAAGAGAAAGGGAUAAAAGUGGAGGAGAAGAAAGAGGAGGAAGAGAAGGAGAAAGCGAUGACUCCUCCUCUUCAUCACUCCUCCCUCUCCCUCAGAAGCGUGAAGGCCCCAUCGGAGGUGAAAGCGACUCUGAGGACAUGCUGCACUCGUCUGUCUCUCCUCAUCCCCUCAUCCGUCGCUCCACUCCUCCACUCCUCCCUCGCUCACCUCGCGAGCGUCAGCGCGUGACGGAGAUCCGAGCUGAGGCAGAGCGUCUGACACACACCAUCGAGCUCCUCAUCGCUCACACACAGGAGUUUGUGGCUGAUGGAGAGCAGACUGGAGGAGAGGAUGGCGAUGGAGCUGAUGAUGAAGACGUGAGGACACGUGAACGGCAGCUGCUCCACCGCAUCGGCACGCAGAUGAACGAGUUCAGAAACGAGCUGCAGGGGUUUAUGGGAUUUAUAGAGAGACUGGACGGAUCCAAACGGGAGGAAACACAUUCGGAAGAGCGGCUGUCUAUGUUUCAGCCGAUCAUUUUACUCAUCCUCAUCCUACUGCUCUUCUCCUCGCUUUCCUACGCCACCAUGUUCAAGCUGGUUUUUCUUUUCACCCUCUUUUUCGUGCUGUGAUCUCUCUGUCUCAUCCUUUCGUUAGCAGACCUUUUGUCCUUUCGUUUUGUUCGUAUGUAGAUGUUGUGCUCGUUUUCCGUUCAUGCAGAAUUACAGGAGGCGCGCUUCUCAAGAAAACCGGGAGCACAACACCCAGAAUGCACACAGGACCACGUUUCCCAGAGCGUUUCGCUGACUAAAGCCACUGGAACUUAAAUUACAAAGACAGAGUGCCUUUCAUUUUCUGCCAGAAUGCAAAAUCUAAUUUUAACUACAUGGACUGCCAAAUGUGACUACAUUACCCAGAAUGCACUGCUGUCAUAGAGGAUCAUACCAUCUUCAAUAUUUUUCUUUAUAUUUGUCAUAACAACCUGCGUCAUUGAAGCAAAUGUGCAAAAGUGCUGCAAGAUUUAGGAUGUAAUUUCCCAGAAUUCCUGCUGCUACCUAAUGAAGACUCUGAUUGGUUCCAGAGGUGAGUGACUGCACGACAGGAAUCACUUCAUCCAUUUCAACAUUAGAAGUUCAAGAUUUCUGUAAGGAGACAUUUAUGUAACAUUUAUGGAAGGAGUCUCCAGUGUCAGCGUUUUGUACCAAUCAGAGGUAAAACUGUAACUUUGCGGUUUUUUGGUAACAUGACAAGCUGCAUUUUUUUGUCUUAUCAACUUAAAGAGAGAGAAUAAAGAGAGGCUGGUGAUGGAACGAGUGUUUAUAGCUGCUAUAACGUAAGUGACAACAGGAACUAACCUGUUUCAUGAACGUUCUACAACCUUAAUUGUAACUAUAAACAGAUAAAAAAUAAAUAAAUAAAAUAUUGUAAUCCUCAGCAAAUACUGUAUAUGUGGCGUAAAAGGAUUAAAACCCUUUGGGAAGUGUUAUAGGAAAACUUCAGGGUGGUCAGACAUCUCUAAACCACGACACAAUACACACAAGUGCACAUAGUGCAAAGUGUGAGAUAAUAUAGGACAAAAACAGCGUGCAGAAUGCAGACACACCGCAUACACACCUAUCGUACAAGUGUAUCGCUAAAUUAAAACCACCGCAAGUGUGUAGACUGCAGACGGAUCGAAUUGCUCUAAUCCUGCUCUCAGAAUAAAUGCAUAAUAAUAAACAAUAAAAACAAGCGUUAACCAAUGGACUGUGUGUGUGAUCGUGUUUAGGAUUCUGUUGUUGAGGAAAAACUCCAGCCUGUGCAGAAACUCACACGAUCUCAGAAUCUGCCGUGUCCUAAACCAGAGCAGCAACAGCAAAAGCAACAGCCGCGUUAAAAAUAAACCUGAAAACACAGCCAUGUAAACACACUCGUGUCCAACCAGGCCCUGUGUGCUGCUGUAAUUAUAACCUGGGGAUGUCGGUGACGACAGGCGCUCACAUGGUGGUAAUAAAUCUGCUGUUAUGACACACCGGCCUGAGUGACGCCGCGGUGGAAAUAGAAAAAAAAGAAGAGCUAUAAAGUUCCCGGGCUUCAGCCGUACCAUCAUUCAGUAAGUGUCUGUUCUGGAGAAAGGAGGAGCGAGCUGCUUGUUGAUCUUAAAAUAUUUUAAAAUUCAGCUCCAGGGGACUUUAUAGAGAGGACUGAAAGGAGAAAUUUCUCAAAUACAGGACUUCAUUCGUUUAUGAUUCACACUCACAGACCCGCUUCACAUCUCACAACCG